CUCUCCGUCCACGUGACUUCAGGCAGGAAGUGGAUUCGGUCUGUCUGACAUCUGUGUGAGCUCUGCGCGUGUUUGGGUACCGUAGUACAGAGGUGGAUGUUUGGAGAUGUGUGCGGACCUCAGUCAGACUCCUCGGAACCUGCUGGUCUGUGACCGGUCCAGUUUCCUGGACCCCAGGAACCGGCUCAGCUCACAGGUGGAGCAGCUGCACUACAACUACAAGGUCUCUGUGCUGCUACCAGAGUGUAGCUCCGCCCCCUCUCACCUGGACUCAGUCAUCAACAGCUUCAGCUGCUUCUACCUGGUCAGGAACCUGCCCAUAUAUGGACUUCUGGACAGAGACUUCCUGGAGAGCGCAGUUUACCAGGGUAGUGCGUAUGGCCUGUCGUACAGGUCCCGGAUUGAUGAAGACAACUGUGUCGCUCUGAUGCCAAACGGUCACCUGUGUCUCUCUCUGGACAAAGACUCCUUUGAGCUGCUGGGAUUUGAAGGGAAACGUUCCAGAUUCAACAGGAACCGAUUUGUUGUUUCUAUUGACCUGACUGAUGGCAGCAUGGCUCCUGGUGGGCGGGGCUACCUGAGGCUGCUGACUGCCCUGAAAUCUCACCUGGAGCUGCACACCGACUUCCUGCUGUCGCAUCAUCCAGGGGGCGGGGCCUCGCUGCAGCCUCUCCUGGCUCGUUACGAUUGGACGGAGCACACACCCGAGAUUGUCCGGCGUCCUCUGUCCAACCUGUCUGUCCCUGACCUGUCGUCCCACCUCGCGGCUCACAGCUUUCUGGAGUGGCUCGGCACCGUGGACGCUGACAUCAGCAGAGACAACUCGUCCAGCAGCUUCCUGUCCUCGCUGGUCUGUCCCGAGCCGAAGACGACAGUCCGAGCUCUGAGCGUCUCCGUCCUCGGCCUCCUGCUGCCUCAGGACGUCCACCGUCUCAUACAGGAGCUCAGGUGUUACCUGGAGCAUCCCGGGUCCUGGGCGUCCCUCACGGUCCACGGCUUCAUGGACAGUCCAGUAUCGUGGGGGGACAAAGAGCACGGCUUCCAGACAGGAGGAGACAACUUCUACAGCCUGCUGCUGCUCCACGGGGACGAGUACCGGCUGCACCUGUCCACAGGGAUGCAGGACGCCUGUCCUCCAUGAGGACGCCUGUCCCCGAAGAGGACACCAUGAGGACAGGCGUCCUGUGCUUCUUCAGUGAUCUGAUGACUUUUUGUUGAAACAAUGCAGAGACUGAAACCUGAUUGGAGGACGAGUCCAGGUGUCCCGUUUGUCCCGUGUGUCCCAGGUGUCUCGUUGGACUAAAAGGAACCGACUCGUGGUUGUUUCUCUUCUUUAUUCACACUCUUUAUUUUACAUGUUUUCAUUUUGAAAUAAUAAAAAUAAAAAAGACAAACCAAA